AUCUACUUGCAUUUUGACGUGCUUUCGAACUGCUAGGUUGGCAGGAGCUGGGACCAAGCAACGGGAGCUCACCCCGUUGCCUUCUUCCAAUAAACCCCCACAGCAGCGUAUAUAAAAUCACGAACAACAAGAAAUUCCCCACCUGUACGCUUACAGUCUGCAAGACACAACACAAAACAAAAAGGGGGUAAGGAGGGAAGAGGAAACUAAGCAAAUUCAGGCACCAAAUCUUAAAUUACAGAGUUCUUAUAAUGACUCAGUGAUAUGAAAAUAGCAAGAGAUGAAGCCAAAUAGCAGAACCAGUGGGGGUACCCUGCUUUCCACCAUUUUGACACGAUGCUUCUAGGUUCUGUUGUCAGCCCCACCAAUUAAUCAAAGAGCAAGUUAUACCCUGCAAUUAAAGAUUUAAUGGAGUCAGUCAUUAAUACCACAAGAUUAUGUCUAUUAUAUCAAUAUAGGGGAAACGAGUAGCAUUUGUGCCAAAUCAACAUUAAUCUGCAACUUAAGCAUAGUGUAGGCAAAACCUGGGACGCAGGUGGCGCUGUGGGUUAAACCACAGAGCCUAGGGCUUGCUGAUCGGAAGGUCGGUGGUUCGAAUCCCUGCAACGAGGUGAGCUCCCGUUGCUCGGUCCCAGGUCCUGCCAACCUAGCAGUUCGAAAGCACGUCAAAGUGCAAGUAGAUAAAUAGGUACUGCUCCAAGCGGGAAGGUAAACAGCGUUUCCAUGCGCUGCUCUGGUUGCGAGAAGCGGCUUUGUUGUGCUGGCCACAUGACCCGGAAGCUGUAUGCUGGCUCCCUCGGCCAAUAAUGCGAGAUGAGCACCGCAACCCCAGAGUCGGUCAGGGGUCCCUUUACCUUUACUUUAGGCAAAACUUGUACCAUUGUCUUAAGUGUAUCUACUGUCAUUAAGUCCCACAGGGUUCAAAGGGGUUUACUUCUUAGUGAAUAAAUGUGUCCUCUUCUCUCUGACAACAGGAUUUGGCUGUUACAUGCAUUUGGGAUUCAUCUUAAAAUGGCAAUGGAAUAUUGUCUUAAUUGGUAACAAGAAUAAUGGGAGGGACUGUGUACUAUGGUCUGAUUAUGACACCAUUUUGUAGAUAUUUGUUAUUUUCUCUAAGUGAAUUUCAUGACCAAGUGUGAAUUUGAACCCAGGUUCUCCAUCCUAAAUCCAACGCUAGUUCUCAGGAUUACAUUUUAGGUGCUUUGUAGCCACCUUGACUUCACCGUUGAAUUUGUUGAUAGUUUGCUUUGACUUGAGGUUUGCAUUUAUAGGUAAAUAUUGAUAACAUGAUGAUUGGUGCUUAUUGUUUCCAUUCAGGUUUAGCGUUCCUAUAUGGUAUGUGAAUACUGUUCAGUCUUUCUGUUGACAACAUCUUCUAAUGACGUAUAUGGGAAUGACUACAUUCGCUAAGUAUGUUAACUAGUGUAAGGUUGUAUGAUUUGGAAAAUUACAAUUCUGUUGUUGUUUGACUAAAUGAAACAGAUGGCUAUUUCUUUUUUAAAGUACUAAAUGAAAAUAACCAUUAUUGAGUUAUAGAGGGCUAAACCUGCACUUCUCUGUAUUUGUUUCCGAGAUUAAUCAUGGUGUUUUCCCCUUAAUUGUAUUGUCAAGAAGCAAAUUAUGCAUAGCUAGCACUCUAAACGUUUCUUGGUAAUUUUGUCAAAUGCACAGUGGGAAAAUAAGUAUUGCCAUACUGGUAAAAUCAUACAGCGUAGCAGGGAAACUUAAAAUAUUAUUCCAUUCCAUUUAAAGCUGUCUGGUGGAACAAAAUGACUGUACACUAAUUAGUCCUAUAUGCAAUUUCAGUCCUGAAGGGUUCCAUCUUUGUGACACUUUAGUUUUCCAACUGUGACGUGGGUAUUCCUAUAGGAGGGCACCGUUGCUAGGGAAGGCCUGAACAUACAGGAAAGGAAGGAAGCAGAAUGAGUAUCAAAUUAAAAAAAGAACAGUGAUGCCUAAGAGGUAGUCAAUCUGAACAGAGGGAACCAAAUGCUACCGCACAAAAAUGGCUUAUUUAAGAAUUAUUUUGUGGUUUGGGGCAGAAUUCCCUAAACUGAGAAAGACUUUCUACCUAAGGAAUCCCAAAAAGCUCCUGGCAAUCAUGAUGACUAAUACUGCACUUAUAGCAGUGUGGGCUUUCCUGUUUUUUAAAAAAUGAAGCAGAAAAAGAAGUGAUUUCCCCCCUUUGCCCUUAUCAGUAGAGAUCUCCUUUAGCAUGUUUGCCUUAAGAGUUAGCAAACAAAUUAUAUAUGCUGUAUGAAUAACUGGGACAAAAAUACAAUCGUCCAGAUUAGUUGAACUGAAAUAUUUGAAAAGGAAAAAAAUAAAGUACAUUUUUCAAUAUUCAAGCAUAUUCAAAGCUUUACUAGAAAAUAUAAUAAUUUUUAAGACAUGACAACGCUUACUCUAUCUAUCUAUCUAUCUAUCUAUCUAUCUAUCUAUCUAUCUAUCUAUCUAUCUAUCUAUGAUAACAGUUUAAUAACACAUAAUUACACAUUUCUGGAUUGAACAAAGCCAUCCACUGAUGCAUCACCCUUGCUUGUGCUAAGAAAAUCUAGCUAAGACUGCCUACCCAUAUAAGGCUCAGAAAAAUAUUUUAUGGGCUAGAUAUUUUGUUUAUAUUGUGAUCUUGUGAUCCUCCGAUGAAGAGUGAUAUAGAAAUAAAAUAAAUAAUAAAUAUGGAACAUGGUCUCUGUGAGUGGAACUGUAGCUAAAAGCCAUUUGGCUGUCCUUUUAGUUGUCAUUUUUAUCAGAGAUCCAUUCUCUGCAAGCCUUUGGCCCUCCAAACCAUGUAUUUUGCCCUCCAAGUUAGAGUACCAGAUCCUUUUUGAAUCCAUCUUAAAUUAACUAUCUCUUUGGCUUUAGCUUAAAGUUAAUUGAAAUCUCUCCUCUCCCCCUACUUGCCAAACCAAACACAUGUAGGGUCUUAAACAGGGCAUCCUCCAAACCAGUGAAUUCUUUCUAGCGUUAAGUUUCCUUCCUCUCUCCCAUAAACUCAUUUAGUAUUUGAUGCAGGAAUUCUUAUAGGAGCUCAGGGAUGUUGCCAGAAAUUUAGAACUUUGAACUUAGGCCCAACCUACUUAAAAUGCAUACACCCCUGUAAUACAAAGCACUCUUCCUAAAAUUCCCAGAAUGGGGGGCGCUAGGAGGACAUAAGAACUGAAUACUGGUAAUAUGACACAGCACUAUCCGCGUUGUACAUAAGGCACUGCUGAGUAAUGGUAAUGUUUUCAGGGCAACUCUGGCGAUGGAGUGGGACUGCUUAUCACAAAUCUUUGUGGAAUUUUGGAGUCCAUGGUGCACCCGUAAAGGGCUCCAGCCUUUUGGAGACCAAGGGGACAUUUGCAAACCAGUGCAGUUACACAUGCACUGCUGUCGCACAUUCCCCCCCCCCCCUGUCAGCAAUUCAGCUUGAAAAGUUUUAGCUCUCCAUUCCCAGGUGUAACACACACACGCACGCACACCCCUGAAAUUGCUCCCUGCAUUGCAGGAAGGCGUCAAAGAAGCCUGCUAUUGGCUACAAUAAACAUGUUUAUUUCAAAGCUUAAUUCUAUGGGAGGUAAACAGAGAAAGGAAUGGGAUCUUGCAAGUGCAGGCACCAUUCUUGUAAUACAUGGGCUAGGCAGCUCAAGACUGUAGGCUAAAUAUUUCCAGGCAACCUUUUAUCACAUAACUACAGCUAGUGGGUAGGAUGGCAGAUAGGAUAUGGUGCAACUUGUACAGCUUCUUCUGUGUCUGGAAUUUAUACCUCACUGUAGUUGUGCAUCUCUGUAGGAUGAUUGCAUACUAUCACAUUCUGAUUACCAGGCACCUUUUUGCAUUAUUGACCUGUUUUCAGAAGUGCUCACAUUUAACCAGAAACAAACUGGCAACUCUUGAGAGGCAGGCUUCUAGAAAGAGGGGUUAGUUUUGAAACCUGUAUGAUGUUUUGUUUCUGGUACCUCAAAGUGAUGGCUUUUUAACUUCUAAUUUUUUGUGUGAUGCUGAUGGUGUAUUAUGAACAACAUGUUUUGAACGUGAGAUGCCAGCUUGGUACCGUACCACUCAGUGAAGCCUUAUUUCAGAAAUUUGCAAGCACAGCCUUGUGCCGAGAGAGAGGAAUGCUCUAGCCCAGGAAAAGCAGAAGAUAGAUUUGGGGUCUUCUGGUAGAUCUCUAGAAGGUCUGCAGUGGAUGAGUGUGGGUUUCUGACUUUUAGCGGUCAACAAUAGCAAAUAAUUAAUGUCUUAGAAAUAAUUUACUUGGGUUGCUGAAAUUAAGAAUGCUUGGUGGAAGAAUCUGUACAAGCAUUUUUUGUGCAAAAAACCUGUAAGCUCAGUUUUUAUAAUGGGGGGGGGGCGCAUCAGCAAAUAUGCUCAGAGGCACGCUCUUCCUUAAUUCUCAGUGUUUGCCAGCCCCUGCAAAUCUUUUUUUUUCUCCUAGCUCUGGCUGAUGCACCCUGGGGCUUUGGUUAAAAAAGAAAAAGAGCAAAAAACAUUUAGCAAAUAAAAGUAGAUCUUGCAAGCUUGAAACCUGCCCAGCCCUUUGGGUACAGUGCAAAGUGCUUGCAAUACCCCUCCUUCUUCACCCAACUCACUCUGCUUUGAGAGAUGGGAGCUGUACAUGUACUAAUAGAGGAAGCAGAGUUGGAUCCAAGCCCUGAAAGAAGGGGUGAGCUGUACCUUUAUGUCAGGGAGGGGGCUAACACCAUAUCCUGUACUUACAACACAUCCAAUUGGUGGGAUGUAUUAAGCAACAUGCCAACACAUAAUAAACCAUAAUUACUUCAGUUUAGACCCUUUCAAAUGCAAGAAGUUUUUUUCUCUCUCUUUAAACAAAUUAAAUUCAUGUCUAAUUUGACAUUGUAUAUUUCUUGUACACAUACGGAAGUUUUGCUGUGACUCUGUGCAAUCACCAGUGGUGUAAUUUGGCCUAAUUAGCCUUUGCUUAGUGAUUUGGGAUGUCUAUCAAGGACUGUUAUGUUCUCAGGAAACGUAGUGAGUUAAAAGCUAAUGUGGUGACCUCAUCUCUAUUCAUUAAGCUCCAGAGUAUAAACUGCACUGGAGAGGGACUGUUAAACCAUAUCAGUCCAUUUUUAUACUGCCAGUUAAUCUGAUUUAAUUUGGAUACUAAAUUUAUCCAAUUUAACAUUUGCAGUUAUAACGGGAAAUAAUUUACAGGAAAAAAUGCAGUAUAUUGUUCACUUCCCCUUUUGCCUUGCUUGCAAACAUUUCUCGGGAUUUUGUUAGUGGUGGUGAGGCACAAUCAUUUUUAUUUUCUUGGGUUCUUUAAAAUGAUGUUCAUGUUUGAAAAUUGGUAUGGCUUCAAGGGGAAAUUAUUAGCCAAGGACUAAUAGAAAACACACAUUUGUAUCAUUCACUUUGUGCAAGCGGCUUGCCUUUCUACUUAAACUGAUCAUUAAAUGAGAGUGCAGCCACCGGCUCUUUAAUAUUAGAGCUAUAAGCACACUGUGUCGCUGUGCUGCUGGUCCAAUCGCUCUUUGUGACUUCAGCUAUUGGCUCAGAACGCUGCUUGUCUGACUCCCAUCUGCAGGGCUCUAACACCUCCUGCACUCAGAUCCAUUCAACACACAACUCGCGCCAGCUGACAAGCAAGCAGCAGCAGCGGCAGCUUAUCUUGCUCUCCUACUUUGUUUUGCCACACAACAAAGCUCUCUCGCAAGCAAAUGAAGCUGGGAUUCAUGAUGGGGAGGAGUUUGACAGAUCAAGUACUGGAUCAAACUUAAAAAGCUAAUAUCUUAAUUCAGCAUACUAGAGAAAAAAAAGGUCACCUUGCCUUGCUGGAAAAAGAAGCACACAAUCUCAGCCUUGCAGCUCUGUGUUCGGUACCUUCUGCUUGCCUCUGUUCUACGUAGUUAGGCUAUCUGAUUACACAGACAAGGAUACUCAUGGUAGAUGACAAGGGAAAGAACAUGAAAUGUCUCACCUUCUUCUUGAUGCUUCCAGAGACAGUUAAGAACAGGUCCAAGAAAAGCUCCAAGAAGGCAAGCAGUAGCAGUGGUGGCAGCAGCAGCAAGUUACCUCCAGUUUGCUAUGAAAUCAUUACCUUGAAGACUAAAAAGAAGAAGAAGAUGGCUGCUGAUAUUUUCCCCCGAAAGAAGCCGGCAAACAGUAACACCACUGCUGUCCAGCAAUACCACCAGCAAAACAUCAAUAACAACAACAUCAUCCCAGCUCCAAACUGGCAAGGACUGUACCCCACCAUCCGAGAAAGAAAUGCAGUAAUGUUCAACAAUGACUUGAUGGCAGAUGUUCAUUUUGUGGUUGGUCCACCAGGUGGGACCCAGCGGUUGCCAGGACACAAAUAUGUCUUAGCUGUUGGAAGCUCUGUAUUCCAUGCAAUGUUUUAUGGAGAGCUUGCUGAGGACAAAGAUGAAAUCCGUAUACCAGAUGUGGAGCCUUCUGCUUUCCUCGCUAUGCUGAAAUACAUAUAUUGUGAUGAAAUUGACUUGGCUGCGGAUACAGUUCUGGCAACUCUUUACGCUGCCAAGAAGUACAUCGUUCCUCAUCUUGCCCGCGCAUGUGUUAACUUCCUAGAGACGAGUCUGAGUGCAAAAAACGCUUGUGUACUGCUCUCCCAGAGCUGUUUAUUUGAGGAACCAGACCUGACUGAGCGCUGCUGGGAAGUGAUUGAUGCCCAGGCAGAGCUGGCUUUGAAAUCGGAAGGGUUCUGUGACAUUGAUUUUCAAACACUCGAAAGCAUCCUCCAGAGGGAGACCCUGAAUGCCAAAGAAAUUGUGGUUUUUGAAGCUGCUCUCAGUUGGGCCGAAGUAGAGUGUCAACGGCAAGAGCUACCUGCCAGCAUAGACAACAAGCGCAAAGUCCUUGGGAAGGCGCUCUAUCUCAUCCGCAUCCCUACGAUGGCGCUUGAUGACUUUGCAAAUGGUGCUGCUCAGUCCGGCAUCCUGACCCUCAAUGAAACAAACGAUAUCUUCCUUUGGUACACGGCUGCCAAAAAGCCAGAGCUGCAGUUUGUGAGCAAUGCCCGGAAAGGCCUUGUCCCGCAACGCUGCCACCGCUUCCAGUCUUGUGCCUACCGCAGCAACCAGUGGCGCUACAGGGGCCGUUGUGACAGCAUACAGUUUGCUGUUGACAAGAGAGUUUUCAUUGCUGGCUUCGGGCUCUAUGGCUCCAGCUGUGGAUCGGCCGAAUACAGUGCCAAGAUUGAACUCAAACGGCAAGGCGUUAUCCUAGGGCAAAACUUGAGCAAGUACUUCUCUGACGGAUCUAGCAACACUUUCCCGGUGUGGUUUGAGUACCCCGUGCAGAUCGAGCCAGAUACCUUUUACACAGCUAGUGUGAUUCUGGAUGGAAAUGAACUCAGCUAUUUUGGACAGGAAGGGAUGACAGAAGUUCAGUGUGGCAAAGUAACUGUGCAGUUCCAGUGCUCUUCAGACAGUACCAAUGGCACUGGGGUUCAGGGGGGGCAGAUUCCAGAACUUAUCUUUUAUGCCUGAAAGAAGAUGGGUUCCACAACAUGGAGAGUGCUGCUCUAUGGUGUAUAUGUCUGGUCCAGACCUGUUUGAUACGUACCUUGCUGUCUGCAGAUAUGUGAUCAGUACAGGUAAUAUGUUCCUGAAUGCAGUGAACAGCUUAAUGCUUGCUGUACUUUUAUAGCCUAAGUGUAAAAUUCUUUUUACUGGGAGCUCCCAGGAACAAGCAAAUUAGCAAAUUAUAAAAGUCAAGAGUUUCACAGCCUUACGACAGAUGAGAUAGCCCUUUUUUGUGAAAGAAAGGAAAUAGAUGUUCUUCUCCAUGCUGUUUCCCACCUACCCUUUUAACUUGCUACUUUCUGCUGUCCUCCUGAUUUAUUUAUUUUUGUUUCCUCCGUGUCAUAGGCUUUUCAAACAUCUCUCUGUUUAUUUUAACGGACACCCCCUCACACUUCCACUGGAGGCUGAUUUGGCAGCAACACCACCAAUUCACACAAAAUCAGUUUUGGUAGAGGGACAAGUUCGAUCUUCCUGCAUGUACUAAUCUGAUGUUGGAAAGUUGUGUUAAUUGAGAUGGACCACUGGGAUGAACUGGUGCAUUGAGAAUGUCUACAAAGGAAAGUAAGUCUCCUCAAGGAGCAAAGUGGUUUAUGCACAGUAAAUUCUUACUUUCUUCAACACCAUUCUCCCAAGCUGCUCCUGAGACACAAAACAACCCCUACUUGUCCAGCUAGUGCAUUGAAAUGAAUGGUGUUUUCACCACGGCACUGUCUCAGUGACCGUUUCUUUUUAAUAAAGAAUUUCCCCAUUUAAUCAGCCUUGGUAGUCACCCUUUAUGGGUCAACUCCCUUUCCCACAAUUUUCUGAUGCGUAAAAAAGGAGCAAAUCCCUAGUGACUAUUUUUUCUUUUUCCAAAGGCAGUUGAAAACUUUUUGGCAUGGGGUUACUUUUACCACCUGAGUAAAAAUAAUACCAAUUUUUGUAGUAUUAUAUUACUUUAAAUUGCUAUGGAUAGUUCACAAAUUAACUAACUUGGCAGAUAAAUGGAUAGAAGCAAGAAGCAAGUAGUAGGUUUCAAAGACUUCUCCAUUUCUGGGUCAAUAUCCAUAUAGCAGGUUGGAUAAAUGCAGUUGUACUUACGUAUUCACCCACAUUUUUUCUUUUUAAAGAUGCUCCAGAUCUGUGAUUUUUUUAAAAAAAGAUGCCCAAAUUUCUUGGCUUUCAGAAUCCCCCUAACUACGUACUGUGUCUGGGAUCAGACAGUAACAUGGCUGGCGUGAAUGCUGUUUGUAGUUUUUCUUCUUAGAGCUGCUUUUUAGCACAGCUGUAAAUGGUUGCUUUGAGUAGCAUUCAUUACCACACUGCACAGAAUGCCUGUUAAGACACAUCUCUAAAACAUGUAUAUGUUCAUUUUAUAGGAAGUUUUGAUUUUUGUGUGAUUGUAAUGAAAUUGGUAACUGCCGGCAUUUUCUGAAAAGGGGACAUUUGUGAGUUAGAUCUUCCCCGUUUUAAUUUGAUCUUCAUUCAGAUCUAAAGUGCAGUUUUUCAUUGACCAGAAGCAUUUUUCCUCUCUCUCAUUUUAAAUUGGUUGUCAGGCUUCCCGUAGAACCAUCUGCGUUCUUGGCAGGAAAGGGCUGCAGGCUGGGGGAUAGUAAAAAUGAAAGGAAAUAAGCAUAACUGAAUGAUACAGAGCAAUUUCAUGUUCAUGAAAUAAUAAAAGGCACAUUUUCAAGUAGGCAACACUUGUCUCUGCUUGAAAGUUGCUUACAGUGGUAUUCCCAAGUUGAUUUUCAUCUCCCCUUGCUUUAAAUUAAGGAUAUGAUUUAUUCAGUAAAGUAAGCAUGAAUGCUUCCUGCUACAUUGUUCAAGGUGGGAGUGUACCUCCCCAACACUAAAUCUACACUGAUAUGACUAUACUGUAUAAAUGUUUCUCCCACCUCUCUGCCCACCAAUAUUGUACAUUAUCUGUUCAUGUUCUUGCUCUGAAUACUUAAUCCUGGCUUCUAGUAGUCUUUUAAGUGCCAUUAAGAAUCUAAAAUAUGGUGGGAUUGGGCAUGAGAAAAUCCAGCCUUCAAAUGUUUUGUGUUUUGUCAGAUGUGUAUAAUAUAAAAGAAAAGACAGAGGCUAUUCUUAAAGGGAAAAUGUUAUUAUUGCCUUUUUAAUGAUUUCAAAUGGUAUGAUGUAAAGCAGAAGGAUUUAAAUGCUCUCAUGUUGUAUUGGGGUUGCUUCCUGAUCAGAUGGUAUCCUCAAGAACCAUUGUGGCUGGGGUGCUUAGACUCAGGGAGAACCAGGUAAAAGCCCUGCUCAGUCACAAAAUUUCCCGGAUGCACUUAGGCCAGUCUCUCAGCCUAACAUUCCUCACACUGAUGCUGUGAGGAUGGAAUUGGUGGCAGGGCAUCAAGGAAGGGCAAGACAGAAACAAGAAAUAAUAAUCUGUGCAUAAUGUGCUGGGAGAGGGGAAGGGGCUUCUGCAGAUGCUUCCCCAUGCUUUUUCAUGAACCUCAAAUAAGAGUUACAAUGGAAUUGCAUGGUUUGAGCAAGUAGUGCCAUUUCCCUUAACUAGCAAUCCUAUAAAAGCCAAUUUCCAGACUAGGGUCGUGUGGGGUUUUUGGUGCCCUGUGCCCUCUUGGCCUCUAGAUGGCAUAUGUACACUGCUGCUUUUAGUUACUGCCCCAUUGAAACAGAUGGCUGUCAAGAGGUCCAGAAUGGUAUCCGAGUGUAGCACUUUAUAUUUCCCGUAAGCGUGAAUGUCUUGCCAUUCACUUCCAUGGAGGGAAGUAACUGGGUUUAGCUGGGGAGAAAGAGAGCUAGGUUAGCGCCCCCCCCCCCCCGAUUUUGGAAUGCAUAGCUCAACCUCCCCUGAAAAGGGGCGUCCUUCUGUCCCCCUUCCCUUGUUUGUCAAAGUGACAGGCACUUAGUCAGUUUGAACCUGAAAGCAGAAGUGACUAUCAUUUGAACUUCGUCAUAUUUGCCUACCAUUAUGAGCAGUUCUUAAACCAGUUUGCAGUGGUAAAUUGCAAUCCUUUUUUGACGGUACAUUUCAUUGCACCAUCUCCUUUACUGUACAAGGGUAACGUCAAUGAGGUGUGCUGUCAGAUACAAAAAAAUGCAUGCCUUAAACCAAUAUAAAAAUUAAGCAAUGUAUUGGUUUACUCUUAAGAUAAGGGAGGCAUAGCUUGCUGCAUAAAAGUUAGCAUGUGUCUUCUGCAACUGAGUCACUUAAGCUGAUCAAGAGGCCUGGACUUCCCCAUGUGUUCCUUGAAAAAAGAGAGAUGAGUUCAAAGUUUAAAAAGUAUUAAAUUUGACUUUAGUGUGGACAAUAUUUUAAGGCAUAUUUUGAAACUGAUUUGCAUUCAAGGCACAUACUGCAGAGGUAUUUAAAAAUUAUUUCUGCAACCAUGAGAGCUAAAUACUUUUGCAGCUGUCAUGAAACCACCCUUCCCUGCUUUUAGAUUAUAUGGGAGAGAACUAAGUUAUGCUUCCAACACAAUUGGGUGUUUGUAUUCUGCUUGGUGCACAUUAUUUUAUGUGCCUCACAAUGCACUCUUAUGCAUGUCUACUCAGAAGUAAAUCUCAUUGAGUUCAGUGGGUCUUACUUCCAGGUAAGCAUGUAAUUUAAAGUAGAAUUUAAAGUGUGCAUUGCACUACUUUUGGCAAUUUUCAGUUAAAAUGCCUUUAAAAUUACAAUUAAACUUGGGCCACUUCUAGUAUGAAUUAUUUUGAUUGUCAGAACCUGUACCAUGCCUUUCUGAGGCAUAUUCAAUGCAACUUGUAAUCAAAAUAAAAAGAAUGCACAGCAAAAAGAACAAAAAAUUGAGGGAAAUGGCAAAGCAAUAAAAACUCUAGGAUAAUCUGGUAGGGGGAGGGUGAAAAAUGAAGAUGCGCUGCAAAAGCUUGCUGUAAUAAAAUUGCCCUUGCUGCUCAUCUAAAAGUGAGUAGCGAUAGGGUCAGGAGCACCUCUUUGGGGAGGCUGCUCAGAUGUAUGCCUGAGAAAAGUAUAAAUGGGAUCAAAAUGAAAAAUGAGAAUGCUAAUAUAUUGAUAAGGAGGGAACACACAAAGAAUGGGGGAAGUCCACAUUUUCCAAGUGUGCUCUGAGAAUUUCAGAGUUGGUUCUGUAGAUAACACCAGGAAAUUCAGCCAAAUGAAAUCUGCCACCUAAAGUGACACUUUUAACCAUGCAACUAGCAAUUUUAUGAAGGAGGUUUCGUACCUUUCAGAAUUGUCCACGUUGAUCUAGUUCCUGGUCAGUUGUUACUCUCCAGGGAGCAAUCUGGUAAAGAGUCUUGCACGUGCAGACCAUCCCCAGGUAGAAAGUAAUGUUUGAUACUGCAUUUGGUUGAAUGCAAGAUCUCCAUGGUGUUGUAUUCAAAGUAGAACUAAGGCUGUUGUUCCAUCAACGCAAACCUUUAUGCUUGCUGGACAGAGCUAUCUCCCCUUCCUCAGCAUGCCAUUCCGAGGAUUCUCCCAAACCCCUGAAGAUGAUUUGGGGAGAGCACAGUGGAAAGUCCCAAUGCGCUAGCAGAAAUCGUGGUCCUAAGGCUUCUGUUACUUUCUUCAAUGGGGCAGGGGGUUAGAGCAUAGUAGAUUGCAUACAAGAGCCUCUAGGUUCAAUUUCCAGCAUCUGAGAAAUACACACACAUACCAUCUGAAACUAAAGCUGCUGCCAGUCAGUGUAUACUAUUAAGCUAGAUGUACCAGUGGUCUGACUCUGUAGAAGACAGCUUCCUGUAGAUAAUGAAACUUCUACGGACUUGAGUUUUUUUCCGCUGCUGAUUAAUCUAAAGUGCUUUUUGCCUGAGGACCUAUGUCACUUUUAGAACGAAUACAAGAGAAUGUCCAAUGAAAUAUGCCAAAUAAAAAAAUAAUUACAGGGUUGUCAUUCAGCAUCUCUGAAAUGCACAAAUGGCUGUGUGUGUACUUUGCUGUUCUCUUACAUGAACAAGGAUGUGCAGUGAGGAAUCUGUACAUGCACGGAGGCACAUCUCUGUGGAUACAAGGUCCUUGCAUGCAGGGGGACUAUGUAUUUGUCUCUUAAAUGCAUAAAGUGCCCCACAACUGCUGCUAGGGGUAUCUGUUAACAUUAACACUAAUUAUAUUAUUGGCAUUCAUAUUUUAAUAGUGCUAUUUAAAAGUAUCUGCUGGUGAUCAUACCACCACUAUCAAUGAAAGGUUUUACCCAAAUGGCAUUGAGUCAAUCCUGUUUUCUAUAUCUACCCAUGUUAGGUUGGAUUCAUUCUAAUCAAUGUUUGUUGCCUUAAAUGGUUUGUGGAUUGAACUAUAAGGCUGCCAGCAUCAAUCUGCUGGAAGCAGGGGAUGUCCGUAGAAUUGUUUCCAAAUGAGAGCUUUGUACCCUUAAAUAGAAAGUCAGUAUCCUAAAUGUAUGAAUUCCUGAAUAUUUUGGUUUAUUCUUCUAAGGCACCAGACAUAUUUAUCUGGAACAGAACAGAGCCUGAGAUGUGAGAAAAUAUUAUAGAUGCUGUUUAAACUUCGCCUAACAUCUUGUUGCAUGGCGAGCUGGAAGGGGGAAGGGAAGCUGUUAACUGGAUUUGUGGUGUAAUAUACUUUAAGCAUAUCUGACAUAGUAUUUAAGUAAAUGUUCUAAUUUCUACAGUACUUAUUGCACUGAUUUUUUUAAAUGUUAAAACUCCGUUAUUUCAAAGACAACUGCAUCUAGUUGUGCUUGGAGCAGUGCUUGACUAUAGCAACCGAUGGCAUUAUUUAUGAAGGACAGAUAUAUAUAAAUAUGAAGUACCUCAAGUUGAAUGUUAUCGUACUGUAUCUUUAAUGUAACAGUGCAGAAUUUUAGUAGACACAUGAAUGUGUAUAAUCACAUUUAAAAGGCAAAUAAAAAUUGAACUGGUUCUUACACUG